AUGAUCCUCCAUCUUGCACUCAGCGUCUUGUCAAUCGUGAUUGGUGCCUCUCUGGUUGCUGCAACGCCUACCCCCGUCGUUGUAAACCGGGCAAGCCCAACAGUCCAGCUCGAUAAUGCGACUGUGACAGGUGUCGCUGGGCAAACCACGAACUCGUGGCUUGGAAUCCCUUUCGCCCAACCUCCUGUUGGCUCACUGCGCUUCCAGCUCCCGCAGCCCCUCCCAAGUUACAAUGCAAGCUUCUCAGCGACCGCUUACGGCCCUUCAUGCCCGCAGCAGGCCAUCUCGGUCCCUCUCCCGUCUGUGUUGCCAGCGGAGGCGGUCUCAGUUAUUGAUAACUUGACCAAUUGGAUUUCCGGGUUGACCACACCUAGCUCGGAGGAUUGCUUGACCAUCAACAUCUGCGCACCGGCCCAUGCAACGCCAGACUCGAAGCUACCCGUCCUUGCGUGGAUCUACGGAGGUGGCUUCGAGAUCGGCAGUUCGGACACAUACUCCGGAACGACGAUUGUGGACAGGGCAGUUGAGCUGGACGUGCCUGCUAUCUACGUCAGCAUGAAUUAUCGCGUCACGGCAUUCGGCUUCCUGGCAAGUAAAGAGGUUCAGGAUGCCGGUGUUGGAAAUCUUGGACUGCAGGAUCAGCGCCUGGCGCUGAAAUGGAUCCAGCAAUACAUCAGCAACUUCGGCGGGGACCCGACCAAGGUAACAAUCUGGGGGGAAUCCGCGGGUGCCAUCUCUGUCUCCCUCCAGAUGCUCACGAAUGGCGGAAACACCGAGGGCCUCUUCCGCGCAGCGUUUAUGCAAUCCGGCUCGCCGAUCCCCGUUGGUGACAUCACGCACGGACAGCCAUACUACGACUUCUUGGUGAAUGAGACAGGGUGCGCCAGCUCGGACGACACGCUCGAGUGCUUGCGAGGCGUAGAGUAUGAGACGCUGAUGGAUGCAAUCAAUCAAACGCCGAAUAUUUUCGACUAUCAGUCGCUGAUAUUGGCGUGGCUUCCACGGGCGGAUGGGGUGUUCCUCACUGACGACCCGCAGCAGCUCGUGCUGCAAGGGUCCGUUGCAGAUAUACCAUUCGUCACUGGCGACUGUGAUGACGAGGGCACAUUGUUUUCUCUCUCUACUUUAAACAUUACAAACAGCGACGACUCUGGCCUAUAUUCCUGGCUCAAGACGUACUGGUUGCCCAACGCCACCGAGUCACAGAUCGAAGCGGCUAUGGCGCUCUAUCCGCCUGAUCCCGCUGACGGCUCGCCAUUCAACACCUCAGACCUGUACGCGCUUACCCCGGAAUAUAAGCGCAUCGCCGCAUUCCAGGGCGACGCAAUUUUCCAGGGUCCGCGUCGGUUCUUCUUGGAGCACCAGUCGAGCAAGCAGUCUACGUGGGCGUUCCUGAGCAAGCGGUUCAAGUCGGUUCCUGUGCUUGGAUCUUUCCACGGCACGGACACUGUCAACGUCUACAAUGGCGGUGACAUGGCAGACUACCUCGUCCGCUUCGCGACGAACCUCGACCCGAAUGGUGACACGGGCAUCGAGUGGCCGCAGUACACGGUUAACUCGCCCAACUUGCUCACGUUCCUUGAUGGGCUCGUACCGCUGGAGAUUACGCAGGACACUUACCGUGUUGAGGCAAUGGAGGGUAUUACGAAUUUGACGCUGGAGUAUCCGAUUUGA